AUGGCCAUGGAGAACGACAACGUGAGCCUACUGCGGUCGGCGCUCCAAGUCUCAAAGUUUUGUCACGAGAUGUGCCAAAAGGUACUGGUGGACGCGGUUGCGCGCGACAAGGUGCAUGUCGUGCUGGACCUGUUGCGCUCGUUUCCAAACGCCGUGCAAGGCACAUCGACGAGCGGUCCGUCGCCACUGCACAUCACUGCGAAAAGCGGGUCGAUGGCGCUGCUGGGCAUGCUACUGGCCAGUCCGAGUACCAAUAUCGACGCUAUCAACGAGGAAGGAUACACAGCACUUGCCCUUGCCGUUCAGACCAACCGAGUCGAGGUUGCAGCGUUGCUCCUCUCUGUCGGCGCCACCGCCUCGAUCCCUCUGCCGGAUGGGUCCUCGGUGUUACAUGUCGCUGCCACGCGACUUGACUCGACGAUGCUGCUCGCUCUCCUCAAGGCUCCUGGAACUGCAAUCAACCAACGUGAUCAGGAGGGCUACACGGUCCUUGCGCGCGCCGUGGUGGCUGGGCGUGAUGCUGUUGCCGAGCUUCUUCUCGACGCUGGCGCUGACGUUUGGGUGCCGUUGCCGAACAAGAUGACGGUCUUGGCCGCUGCGGUCCAGCACGGGCGUCGCGAGAUGGCCCAAAUUCUCUACGAGCGCAUGUACCCACGUCCUCCGACGCUGGCGGCUGCCGAUGACGUGACGAUCGUCGAGCGCAUCGCGCGGCAACGCGACGUUGACAUCUACAAGGCCACGUACAAGGACAAGAUGGUCGUGCUCAAGGGUGUGCGGUAUGCCUUGCCCCGGCUCAUGGAACAAAUGCGCAACGAAGUCAACGAGAUGCAAACGUGUACGUCGCCGUACGUGCAGCCGCUCAUCGCGAUCCUCGACAAUGGCUCGACGACGGCUCUCCUUUCGCGGCCCAACGGCGACAAGCUGUACAGCCCGACGAUGGUCAUCGAGUACAUGGACGGCGGGGACCUCGACGAUACGCUCAAGAAGAUCCGCUCGGGUCUCGAUGUGCCGCUGCAAGUUUCGACAAUCGAGGUGGCCCUUGUGCUCGCCUACGCGCUGAAAGAUUUGCACGCCCUCGGGAAGGUGCACCGGGAUAUCAAGAGCCUCAACAUUUUUCUCUCGACGACGCACUACAUUCGACUCGCGGAUCUCGGCUCGGCGCGGACGCUCAACAAUGGUUUGCUGACGUCGAACCCUGGCACGCCGCUCUGGGACGCCCCCGAAGUCGUUCGCGUCGACAUUUACUCGUUUGGCGUCGUCCUCACCGAGCUCGACACGCGCGAAAAGCCGUAUGCCGACGUCGACGACACAAGAAACAUUCGCAACCAUCUCAUGGACCAAGGCGUCGUCUUCCAGCACCACGUCAACAAGGGCAAAUGCGAGCAUGUGGAAAUUGAGAUAACGGCAAUGCAGGUGGCGUGGGCGGUGGCAAACGCACUCGACGUUAUCCACAGCCUCGGCAAGGUGCACCGCGACGUCAAGAGUUUGAACAUCUUUCUCUCGUCCAUCCAUGGCAUCAAGCUCGGCGACUUUGGCACGGCACCGACCGUGAAGCGGAACAUGACGAUGCACGUUGGCACGCCGCUCUGGAUAGCCCCCGAAGUGCUUCGUGCCUCGUCGACUAGCACCGAACAAGCGUAUGGGACAGCCGCCGACAUUUACUCGUUUGGCAUCGUAUUGUCCGAGUUGGCGACAGGCAACGAGCCGUACGGCGCGCUUCUAGGCGACAGAAACCUCGUGCAGAAGAUUCGCGACAACGGUCUGCGUCCGGAUCUCGGCCACGACUGCCCGCGCUGGCUCUGGAAGCUCGCGACGGCCUGCUGGACGCACGAGCCAUCGACGCGCCCGACGGCCAAGCAGAUUGUCAAGUACCUCGCCAAGCGCCUUGACGAUCUUGACGAUCCCGAGAUGCUCGAGUCGAUCAACGAAGAGCCCUAG